CUCAGUUGCAUCGCGUUCGCGAUUACGUGCAACUGUUUCCGAUCCGUUGCACUAUUGUUUUUCGGUUUCCUUUUUUUUUCCGGAUUCUACAUUAAUUUUCUCCCUUGAGGAGUACUAAAAAUAAUUUUAUAAUGUUCGGUUAAAGGUCACGUUUUAAGUAGAUAGUUUUCCCCUCAUUGUGUCGUCUUAGUAUAAUUCGAAAAGUUUUAAAAUUUUACGUAAAUUUUCCAACAUAACCUACAAAAUUGUUCGGUGUUGUAUGUGCGUCUGAGAAAAUUAAGAUAUAUCGUGUCACCAAAAUCCGAACGUAAACAUCAACAAGAAAAUGGAUCGCAUAUGGCCCGCAUCUAGAACGUAUAGAAAUAUGCACAACUGACAGGCGCAAGUGUCAACAAAGGCGGCCAAGAAGCCAGGGAAUAGGCCAUAAAUUAUUUGGUUCAAGUGCAGUCAACAUGAAUCUGUACACUAUAUACGAUUGGAUCACAUCAUUGCUCCGGCCGCACAGUGCCAGUGUCAGCUACAAGGCGAUCGAAGCGGCGGCAGUGGAAGAGUUGCCAGCAACAUCAGUGGCAACAGCAACAUCAGAAGCAACAGCAACAUCCACAGCAGCAACAUCAGGCCCAGCGGCAACAUCUCGUGCCACUGGAGCCCAAGCAACUUGUGUGGAAGUUGAGUUCAUACCCACGCUAAAUAUUAUAUUUGAGAAGCCGACUUCAUCGAGUGAGCAACAGUCCCCCGAGAGUUUGAAGCAUGUGGCUACAACAGAGCUCGAUAAGGAACUUGCGGCUGAUUGCGACUCCGACAAUGAUUCCACACACACUUACAUAAUCUCGAGGAGCAGUUGGACGGAGGUCACAUCGAGCAGCACCCCAUAUGCGGUUACCUCCACGGACACCGCCGAACUACUGAGGCGCCAGAACAAUCUCAGUCUCUCGGAGGAGGAUCGAUCGGUGACGUCGUACAGCAUUGAGCAGCCCACCAGUUCCAUGACCAUUGACAUGGCCGAGCAGCAGACAACAACCACCACAACGACGGCGACAACGACGAGCAGUGCCGAUGUUGUGGCAACAACCGCUACGACAACAACCACAACUAGCAGUAGCAUUGAGGAGGAGAUCGAGGAAGCCAUCGAGAUCAGUGAGGUGGAGGAGCAGCUGAACUCCCCACUGGAAUCUCUUUCGGAGGCAGCAGCCUUUGCCCGGCCAAAGGGUCAGGAAUUAAGUGCCAAAAGCUUGAGCAGUAAUCCGGAUCCGGACGAGGAUGAGGAUGAGGAUGAGGAGGCGGAAGAGUUUCGCAUCGACGAUGCCCAGCUAUCUGGUGGCCAGUUGGCUCAGCAUUUCCUGGUCGACGACGAGGAUGAAAGCGAAGAAGGCUCGGAUCUUCCAGCUGCCUCCAAAGUGGAGGUUAGCCUCUCCUCCAACGACGAUGACUUUGACAUCAGUUUGCCUUUGGAGCAGAGAAAACCGGUACAUUCCCUGCAUGAGGAUGAGGAGUCCGUAGAUCAGAGUCUGAGUAACCAAAGCACCACGGAUGAUGUAUCCGAGUUGGUUGAGGAACCCGUUCUGGAAAGGGAAGACAAAACUGAAGGUAGUGAGGCUCCAGGUAGUGCCAGUGCUCCGCAAGAAACUCAUGUCGAUGAAAGCCAAUUAACCGAAGAGCAGGAUCACUCAAUGGAGGAGAUUGUGGCCACGAAUGAAUCCAUUGAAGUGACCUACGAAGCUGAAGAAACGGUCAACACUUCACAGAAAGUGGACUUAAUCACGGACUUGGAUGAGGAGCAGGAGGAACAGGUUCAAGAGGUGGUCAGGCCUACGUCUACAUUGGAAACUCUGAAGUUACCUCCGCUUCAGGAGCCUCAGAUCAUGGAACGCAAGGCAGCUAGAGCGUUGAGCACUUUACGACUGCAACCGGAAGCACUGGAACCCUUGGAACUAACUAUUCUAGAAAUGGAUGAAGAUGACGACGAGGACGAGGACGACGAUGAUGAAGAGAGUUCCCUGCAACUGAUGAAGCUGCGAUUGAUGGCCAUGAAUCAGCAGAUGAAUUUCGACAAUGCCCCCAAACUUUCGCCAACGGAAGCGGAACAAACACAAGUAACCAGCAGUACCAACAGUAUGGAACUCAAGCAAAUGGAGCGUGUGCCUCUCACGGAGUUCUCCAAGGACGUCCUGGAGGACAUCACCGAAGAAAGCGAGAGAAUGCUUUCCAUGAGCACCACCACCAUCGAAGAGGAGCAGGGACCACCUUCUUUGUCACUAGAUGAGUCGAAAACCCUACUGCAGGCAGGCACAAACAAGGCCGAAGGAAGCAGCUCCAGUUUGGUGAGCCUAAACAUGCUGAAGCAACUGGAGGCCAAAGUGCAGGAACUGCAUACCCAACUUGAGACUAAGGACAACUGCCUGGCCUCGUUGAACAUGCAGCUUGAGGCGGGCAGAAGGGAAUCCAGUGCGGGUCCAGCUUCAGCCAGGGAUUCCAGUUCCCUAAUGACGAACUCCACGGAAUAUCGCACUCUUCAGGACGAACUGGAACCAACCAUAGACAUUUAUGUGGAGAUGACGCGAAGGGAUGAGACGAUUGCCAAACUAGCAGAUUCCCUUGAACAAUCGCUAAAGGUGCGGGAUAAGCUACAGACGGAUGCCGAACGUCUUGGCGGCGAAGUGCAGAACUUGCGUCGGCAACUUCAAGAGGCCAUCGAGGCGGUGAAACGUUCCAGUGUGGGCUGGGCGGAUCAGGAAUGCAAUCCUGGGCAGCGGCUCUCGGAGAUCUCCAUGGAUUUGAUCAGCGAAAGCGACGAUGAUUUGGAUCGCCAUUUCCUUACGGACAAUGAGGAGCGCGGAUCGCGCAGCUCCAAGGAAAGACAGUUGCCCCAGUUCCAGACCAACGAUGACUUGGGACAGCAGGCCAUAAAUCCAGAGUGGACACCGGCGUUUAGCAAGCAGAUCGAACAAUUCCACACCUACCUGCUGCCAGCGGAACAGCGAAUCUUUCUGAUGGUCCAGCGCAAGUUCGACGACUAUUUGAGCCAACAGAUUGCUCAGUGUCGAGAGCUGGGCGCCCAGGAGCUGAAGAUUGCCCGCGAUCAGUGGGAGAGCGAGAAACAGAGCAGCGAACAGGGCCAGCAGGCGGAACAUGCCAAGCAGAUGGAGGAGCUGCGCAAGUACUUCGAGCACAAGUGCGCCGAUCUGGAGAAACAGUUCUCCGACGAUGUCUUCUCGCACAAGUCACAGCACCUGGCCGGGGACAGCUCCUCGGAGUGCUCCGAGAUGGAUCAGCUGCCCGAGGAGUUGGCGACCGCUGCGUCCUCCAAGGAACCUUCUCCGCGUAAACGGAAGCGAGCUGUGCUGCUGCUCAGUCCUAGUCACAGGCAGAUGACUCCUUGUGGCCUGGACUCCCUGGGGGAGACGACUGGACAAGCGGGCAAAGAUAUUUCAAUAGAUGUAGCCGACCUGAAGAUUUUCUACCAAACUCAUAUUAAGGAGUUAAAACGGGCCCACGAGGAUCAGGUGCGCAAGCUGAGCGAUCGGAUUAAAUUCUACGAGCGCCGUCAGGGUGACGAUGAUUAUAAGCCUGCAACCGAAUCACCCGCUCGUACCUGCGCGGAAAAAGAUUCCGGAGAUGGACCAGCGAAUACCUCUCUGAUCAUCAUCGAUGAGGACGAGCUGAACUUUAAUAACGAAUCUCAGGUUAUCCAGCGUAUCAUCGAGGAGUACGAAAGGAGGUUGCAGGAGCAACUGGCCUUGGCUCGACAGGACAUCGCCACCGAGUUGGAGCAGCAGAUUCAGAACUUGUUGUCGGAGAAUACCGUGGACGACCAGCAUUGGCCCAAGGAGUUGAUCUUGCUGCGCGAGAAGUUUACGGCCAAGAGUCAACUGGAGAUCACUCAGCUGAAUAUUAAACAUGCCGACGAGAUGUCGCGCAUAAAAUUAGAAUACGAGAAGCAGCUGAAUCGGAAGAACAAGCGCCACCUGACCUUCGAUGCGGCCCGGGACCUGGAGCAGGUGAUCUGCGAACGGGAUGGAUUGCGGGAGCUGUCCAAGAGUUUCCGGAGCGUGCUCUGUCGACUGGCCAAGUGUGUGGCCAACUGUGAGGAGGACUUGAACGCCACGCUCUCCGACGAAGUGCAACGCCUUCUAUUCCACAGUCGCAGUCAGGAUGCGGGCGAUGACCUGGAGGUCACUCUCAGCAGCUCCCUAAACAACACAAAGCAAAUGCUUCGAGUGCCCGAUGUGCACAGUCUGCUGGAAGUUGUCGAGGAUCCCAGUUUGGUGCAGUUCAUCGACAGCAAGAGCAACGAAGAGCCAAGCGAGGAUUUCGAUUUGAAUGAUUGCUUGGAGCGGCUAAAGUCGGAAGCUUCCUACCUAUUGCAUUUGUCAGAGGAUUUGCACAAGCAACGGCCACUGGAUGAGUCCUCCGAGCAUUUGGAUGAGCCGGAGAAACAGGAGCACGAGCUCUGCUGCGAGGCAGAGGACGGUCUGAAGACCACAGCGGCGGCCCAGCAACAAGUGCUGUCCAAAUUCCUGCGCACAAACUCACUGAAUGACCAGCAAUUGGGCGUGGCCAAUCAGCGGAAGAACAGCAAUCCGGAGGCGGCGAAAACACACACCUCGUUGCCUCCAGAUCUUCAGCAGCAUGUGGGCAAUGCCUCAGAGCUAUCCUUUCAACUGGUUCAGCUGAAGAACCGCCUGAUUAAAUCGGAGGCAGAUCGCCAGAACUUGCAACAGCAGCUGAGCCACACAAUCGAUCGCAAUGCCGAGCUGGGCCAGCAGUUGCAGGCUCUCCGGGAUCAGUUCUCGCAGCUGAAUUCCCUGAACCACACCGACUACAAUGAGGGCUAUGGCCUGGGGCCCAUGAAGAGCCUGCAGGAUCAGGGAUUGGAUCAAUCGUCGGCCAGUUUUGUGGCCCUCCAGGAGCGGGCGCGCCAUCUGCUUUCAUCCUCUCCCGUCAAGGAGCAACCUUCAAGGGAUAUGGCCAACUCCACCGUCACCCUGCUGCAAAUGAUCGAAGACUUUUGCCGCGAGGGCGACAAAGUGGUGGAGUGUGGCAAGAAGGAUCGCGAGGAUCUGCAAUCUCAGAUCGAUACCGCUGACAAGCAGCUGAAGGACACACGGCGAUUCCUGGAGGAUCAGGCCGCCGAGCGCGAACAAGAGCGCGAUGAGUUCCAGCGCGAAAUAGAGCAGCUGAAGUCUCAGUUGCGCGACAAGGAGAAGGAGCACAGCUCCUAUGCCAAUGCCUCCGAGGAGUAUGCCCAACUGGAGGCGCAGUUUCGAGAGGUUAAUUACCAGCUCAACGAGGCAAAUGCCAAACGGGAUAAAUUCGAGGUGGAACUGAAGGCUUCCAUCGACAAAAUCUUUGUGCUGCGGGAGAUCAUCUCGGAACUGGAAACUCAAGUGCAAACCAAGGCACUCAACGAACAAGUUUUGGGCGAGAAGGCCAAGCAACUGGAGGAAUAUGUGAGUUUGCAGAUGAGGGACAACGAUGCCCUGCAGCAGGAGGUGCACAGUUUGAAGACGGACAUUGGAGAGAGCUAUCAAUCCCGAAUAAGAUCGCUGGAGGAAAAGCUGCAGCAGGGAAGACCCACUGCCGAACAGGGCUCUGUCUUGAGUCAAGUGGCCGAAAAGCUUAGAGACAUUGAAACCACACUGGAUCAGAAGACCAAGGUCCUGGAAUCCCUGCACAACUCCAACAACGCCUCCAAUUCGGCCAGCUUAAGCGUCACCGAAGAUGUCUAUCAUGGCAGCAAGGAUCCCACGGCAGUGGGCUCACCCUCGCAUCCCACGCUCACCGUGGAGGGUGUGCAGCGGGUCACCGAGAAGCUGGACCGGCACACCCGCGUCGAGGAGGCGGCCAUCAAGCGGAUUCGCGACCUGGAGAUGCAGGUCCAUCAAAUGCGCGCCGCUUGCAUGGAGCUGCAACAUGAGCGGGACUCGCUGCAGGGUCGAAUGGAUGAGCAGACUCAGCGGAUAUCCACACUUCAAAACCGGCUGGAGGAGCAGCGCCAGCGGGCGGAGCAACUGCAUCGGGCUGGCACCUCGGACUUGAAUACCCGGGUACAUGAACUGCAGGGUGAAGUGCAGAAUCUCGGCGAGCAAUUGGCUGCGCGGGACAAACAGAUGGCCACCAUGCGACUGCAACUGCAGCGCAGCCAGGAGGAGAUAAUGCGACUGGAGGCGGAAGUCACAGUGCGUACCCAACCAGAUCGCAGUCUGGUAUACAAGCUGGAGGCUGAGGUGCAGCAGAAGGCAGCAGAGAUUGGCAAGCUCAAGGACAAGAUACGCACGGAGAUGAUCAACCGUUUGGCACUGCCGGAUCUGAUGGAGACAAUGCUGGCGGACAAGAACGAUGAGAUCGAUCACCUGCGCGACCAACUGGAGGCCAAGGAGAAGGAACUGCAGGUGGCUCAGCAGGACGGCAGCCAGAUUUCAUCCCCGGCAGCAGGAGCAGUCGACGGAAAGCAGGAAGGGAGUGGCGGCAAGCUGAGUGGCCGCACACUCAGCGACAUCGGAUCGAUUACCGAAUUCCCCGAGCCGGAUGUGGAGCGACGCGCGGCCAUGCGAAGUCUCAACGCUCCCCUCCAGAUGAGCGACGGUGCGGGCGUCUUCCUGCACCAGACAAUGGAAACCUCCAAGGAGGCGGUGGCCAACCUAACGCUCAAGCGCACCGAUGACCUGAGCGGUUUUAUAGCCCCCUAUCCGGUUAAUACUUUCGAGCAUCCGCACUAUUUCCAGGCCCUGGGUGUCACUGCCCAGAGCAGCGAUGGCCUGACACCUGGUCUGGUGCCGCGGCAGAUCAACUUCUCCAAUCUCACAGAGGACUCCAAACUGAAAACACCCAGUCUGCUGAUGCGCACACCAGAAAUGCCCAGGCCUUUGUCGCCAACGGAAGUCCAGCAAUUGCGACAAAAGCUAACCAACUUGCAGAUGGAAAAGCAGCGGGAGCAAAGUGAAUUGGAUAACAAGGUGCAGGAACUGCAGAAGCAACUGGAGCAGGAGAAGGAGAAGCUAAGCCGCCAAAACCAAACUUUGCAAAGUCACGAGGAGAGUGAGAUAAAAUACAGACUACGCAUUGAGUCCCUGGAGUCGAAGAUCCUGGAGACGGCUGCCCAGGAGGCCGCCGAUCGGGAAAACCUGCGCAGGGAACUAAACUGCGUCAGUGCUGCCCAUGAGCAGUGCGAAGAUGCAGCGUCUGCUCGCAAACGGGAGCUGGAAAUCCUCAAUAGCGAAGUCAAGAUCAAGGCUGAUCAGCUGCAAGCUGCCUUGCGCCGAUGCGGAGAUCUGGAACUGCAGGUCCUCACUCUGGAACGAGAAUUGGAGCUGAAGAAUAGUGAGAACAGCUCGAAGCAGUACUCGGUGGACGAGAUUGCCCAACAGGUGGAAAAGGAACUAAACUACUCCGCCCAGCUGGACUCCAAUAUCCUCAAAGCCAUCGAAAGCGAGGAGGAGAACAAUCUGGACAAGAAGCGUCAAAAGGGAGUGCAAACGGAGGAGGAGGCCAUGCCGGGCACUGGCAAUGGAACGGAUGAUGAGAACUUCCUUGGCGAACGUGAGCUCCUGAAUCAAUUGGAAGCCCUUCGAGCUCAGCUGGCCGUGGAGCGUGAGCAAUGCGAGGCGAUGAGUAAGGAGCUGCUGGGUGAGAAACAGCACUCGCAGGACAUUCAAGAGCAGGACGUGGUCAUCAUCGAGGCCAUGCGAAAACGCCUGGAAACCGCUCUGGAUGCGGAGGACGAACUGCACAAGCAGUUGGAUCAGGAACGCGAACGCUGCGAGCGUCUCCAAACGCAGUUGACUUCCCUGCAGCGAGCGGAAAGUCGCCGGAACAGUUCGCUGCUUCUCAAGUCGCCGGGUGACUCACCUAGGAAAUCCCCGCGAGCCGAUUUCGAAUCCGAGCUCGGAGAUCGUCUGCGCAGUGAGAUCAAACUACUGGCCGCCCAGAAUGAGAGGGAACGGGAGCGAUCGGCGGAUGCCCAGCGAAGCAGCGAGCGGGAACGUCAGCGGUACGAAAAGGAGCUCCAAGAGCGAGUUGCUUACUGCGAGCGUCUCAAGCAGGAGAUGGAGAAGCUGUCCCGGGACAAGGACUCCGCCGAGUCUGAGUUGGAGCACUUCAACGAGCGGUUGACCCUGCAGGCCAGCGAGAUCCAGAGCCUGGAGGCGAGGCUGGUCACGCUCCAGGAGGCGGAAACGCGUAGAGCCAACACCCGCACGCGCCAGCACCAGGAGAAUGUGAGACUGCAGGCCGAGAUCCAUGAGCUCAAGUCCAAGCUUCUGACAGCCGAGGCAGCACGGGAUUGCCAGGAGCAAAAGAUUACCCAGCUGCGCUUCGAUGUGAGUCGAUCCGGUCAAAGGGAAGCCAAGCUGGCCGAGGCCCUGGCUCAGGCCAACGACCGACUGGCCCACAGCACCGAUGACAAUGUGCCGGCCCAGUUCCUGCAGAAGAUGAAGGAGAUCAACACACUGCUGGCGGAGAACACGCAGGAGAACCGACAGAUGGCCGAAACGGUCCAGUUUCUGGUGGGCGAACGCCUUGCCCUGCAGAAGAAGUGCGAGGAGCUGGGUGGCUCUGGUAACACCAAUGUCACGGAGCUGGAGGAGCGCUGCCGGCAGUUGAUCGGUCGCUAUUUGCGCGUGGAGUCGCAUCGCAAGGCGCUGGUCUACCAGAAGAGGUAUCUGAAGCUCACCUUGGAGGGCUACCAGGCCAGUGAGCAGCUGGCUCUGCAGAAUCUGCGAGGUGGUGCUGCCCAGCCCACCCAGCGAAAUAUCAAAAAGAAGUUCAAGACUGUGGCCCUGGCCAUCAUUGCCAUCCAGCGCAUCAAAUACAUUGGACGCAUCUGGCACACGGGCAAGCGGAUUGUGAGCAAGUCGGUCUUCACAAUCACCCAGCAGAGAAGUCCUGGACUAAAUCUGAAUGUGGCGCCUCCCCAAUCCCCACUGCCUGGACCCAACUCGAAUCCACCCACCAGUAACAACAACCUCAUGGGGCGCCUUAGCUAUGCGCCCCUCUCACCGCCGAUGGUUAAUUACAGCACCGUGCAGCCGAUAAUGCUGCCAUCGGAUUUUACCCUCCAAGCGCCAACAUCUUCUUUGCACAGCAGCACCGCCAAUAACAACAACAACAGUGACAACAACCUGCCUUCGCUGGCGAGAUUGGACUGGCCAACAAUGCAGAAACCGAAGAGAGUGCAUGCGCGGCAUCAUUAAGCAAAUCGCACAGUCCCGUCGACCGAAAAGCGCUCAUCUGAAGGCCCUAACUUUAAGUGAAGCCAUAACGAAGACAAAUUGUAGCAUGCAAGCAUCAUGGAUGUAGGUCAGACGAUCCAUUUUAGUGUUAAUUACCUGUACCAUUUCCCCCCAAACUAAGUCUUAAGCUGUUGUAACCUAAUUUAAACGUGCGCGCAACCACACCAAACUUAGACAUGUAAUCAUCUGUAAGUGUUAUUUGUAUUUACCGCCCAAGUGUAGUCAUAAGCAUAAACCUAAUCCGUGUCCCAGUAUUUUGAUUGGUUCGAUAUUUAAUUUAUUUUUAUUUGUGUUUUGACUGCAUAAGUUCCCUGAUAAGUUGAUUAAAACAAAAUUGAUUUCAUAUUAAAAA